CACUCUCUUCUCUUCAUACCACCACAUAAUCCUCUACAUUCUCCGAUUCCUCAUCUACUAGCUAGCACUUCACAACACACACUCCACCAAAUGGCUGCACAAUUUACAACCCUUCUACGUUCUCUUCCCGCGUUGGCCAUUGCCAUAAUUGUCCUCAUUGUGCCAGUUUAUGGACAGAUCAAUACAGCCUGCAGCCCCUCAAUGCUAUCGAGCUUCAGUUCUUGCGCGAGUUUCAUCACAAAUAGCACUGCCAAUGGGACUUCUCCAUCUUCUGACUGCUGCAACUCCCUCAAGUCCAUUACUAGUAAUGGCACAGACUGUCUUUGCCUUAUUGUUACUGGAAGUGUUCCCUUUCAAAUUCCCAUCAAUCGUACCCUCGCCAUUGCUCUCCCUCGCGCUUGUAACAUGCCCGGUGUGCCUCUCCAAUGCAAAGCCUCUAGCUCACCUCUUCCAGCUCCAGGUCCAGCUGCACUAGGCCAAGGUCCAACUCUGUCUCCUGGAAUUUCUCCUGCUGCUAGUCCUAGUGCUUCUGGUGUCCCUCAAGCAGAAUCACCAGCCAUGACUCCGGAAUCUAAUGCAACUCCAUCUUUGACUCCGCCAUCUGAUACUGCCGGAGCUCCAACUACAAAUUCAGGAAUUCGACCUGUUGUGAACCCGUCUGCUGCAAGCCCCGUGUUCAGUUUUUCCCCAGCAUUUCUUUUAGCUCUGCUUGGAGCUACAUUCUUAAAGUACUAUUACUAGUUUUUUGGAAGCGUCCUGAUCAUGUCACCAAAUUUCAGAACUAUACUUCUGGAAAUAGGCUUUGUGUGAGUUACUGGAUUUCCUAUAUUAUUUACCUAAUUUUUUACGAUUUUGUUUCUGUAAAGAUACAUAUUCUUUGGUGUGAAAUAUAUUGUUUUUGGCUUUCA